UACGUUUGACUCUCCUCGUCUUCCAUAGACAGCGUGGACGUCAAUGACAUUCACCUACCGACUCAUCGAGCUUUUUUGUAUAAGUACUCACGCGUGGAUACUAGUAAGAUGUCAUUAAGCUUUUUAUUCAGGUCUCUCAGUAAAGAUGUGGCAAAGGUCAGCAGUCACACUUUGCACUCAGCAUGCCAUCCUCUUCUGGCGGCUGACAAGAGCCUCCUGGUCAAAUUGAGAAAAAGCACUGGGUACACCUUUAUAAACUGCAAGAAAGCGCUGGAGACGUUUGACAAUGACAUAGCACAGGCGGAGGCUUGGCUGCACGAACAGGCGCAGAAGGAAGGCUGGAGCAAAGCAAACAAGCUGGAGGGUCGCAAAGCCAAGGAGGGCCUCAUUGGUGUCUUUGUGAGAGAUCAAGUUGCCGUCAUGGUGGAGGUCAACUGCGAGACAGACUUUGUUGCCCGCAAUGAGAAGUUUCAGCAGCUGGUGAAAGAUGUCGCCUUCUCCACCUUAGCUCACCACCAAAAUAAAAGCCAAAGUCAGACAGGAUACAUGAAGAGUCUCCUAGUGUCUGAGGAACUGAGCAAACUGAACGUGUCGGAUGGAGCCACCCUUGCUGAUCAGGUGGCUUUAAGCAUAGGUCGCCUGGGUGAGAACAUGUCAGUGAGGCGGGCGGUGACCGUAAGCGUCCCCACUGAAUGGAACAUUGGCUCAUACGUUCAUGGCGGAGUGGCGGGCCAGACCGAGGUGGCCAUGGGACGCUAUGGCGCACUGGUUGUGUUCCAGGGCGGAAAAGAAGAAGAACAGCAAAGUUUGGGUCGCAAACUGGGACAGCACAUUGUGGGAGAGGCGCCCUCGUCCCUUGGGAACAUGGAUGACCUGCCGUGCGGUGAAAGCGAGACGCGCCUCCUGCCUCAGACCUUCCUGGGAGACCCCAGCAGGACUGUGGCCCAGUUUCUCAAAGGUCAGCAGGCCCGAGUGCUGGACUUUGUCAGGUUUCACUGUGGGGAGAGCGCUGGUGAGGAAACAAAGUGAUGAAAUAGUUUUUAUGUCACAAUGAAAUGCUCAUUUCUUUUUUAAUAAUCUAUUACAAAAUCCAGGCUUAUGUAAAAUGCAUUUUGUUUUAAUUAUAAUGGAUGGAUGGAUGGAUGAAUGUAUAUUGUAAAUGACGAAACAACAAGCUACUUGCCCAGUACAUUCAAAAAUAAGAGAAAACCAAAAUUAGUUUUCCACAUACUUUUAUUUUUUUUCCCCUUAACAUUGUGGAAUUAAAACCUCUUCAGAUUUUAGAAUCCAAACUGCCAGAUUGAUCACGCAUUGAAGACAAGAGUCACUGAGGACAUUUUGGAAUGAUCAAUGCAAGAGCUGCUUCCUUCGGUCGAGUGAAAACAUACAGGAACUGAACACGCACAUUCUGUAAACGCUGUUUUUCUUAUCACAAUGUCAACGCGAUGGAGUCAUAACACAGAAGUCGGUAACUUUACUCACAGCGCUGGUGAGAUGUGAAAUACUGACAAAACAUGAGUUACACUUCAAGACGCACACACACACACACACACAAUGGUACUGGAAAUAAAACUGCAUGGUUGUAAGAAAGUUUACAGAUUUUCAAGGCAUGCCUUCACACACGUCCUCACAAUCACACAAAGGUUAGUUAGAGGCUACAAAGGUAACAAUACUCCGUUACAAUGUCGAUAUCAAAGAAAGACGAUGGAAAAACAGUAAAAAAUAUAAAAAUCGAUUGGAUAAAAA